GUCGAUAUACAGGUGGAUUUGCUCCGAUUCGACUGUACGAAGACGUAACAUUUGUCGACCGCACAGAAUGGUUUGAGCGCGAGAGUGUCAAGACCUAUCUCGGAGACAAGCGCUGCAGUCUGCAAUUGGAGGAGAGCGUCGAACACACCGACAGAUAA